UGGAGUAAGGACAAUAUCCAAAUGUUGUAUCCCAUAUUUGAAACCGACGGUAUGGAUCGAGAUAUCAGAAGACCAACUUCCAGAAAACUUGAGAACAGAUGAUAACGAACCAAAGGUUAUUGAAUUCUGCAAAAUAAUAAAAGAACGUGAAACAGACAACUUGAUCAUACUCAAAGAACAGUUGCUCAACAACAAUGGUCCACCCGAUUCAAGUUUGCCCCCAACAGCAUACAGUUGUAUUUUCUGGAAUGAAAUCGAUUUAAGCCCUCAAGGUUCUGAAAACGUAAUAAAAGAACAUUACACUGUACUAAACACGAUGGAUCCAAACAGCGAAGACUUAAGCAUAGAAUCUUGUGAAAAAAUACAUAAACAAUUAUCUCAAAAACAUGAUAAGUGCUGUGUAGAUGCACAGGUAGCUUGUGCUAUGUCGCAAGAGUUUUUAGAAUUGCUAAAACACGUUAUAGAACAGAAUCCAAAUAGCGAAACUCAAUGUAAACCACGAAAUUUUGAUACGGAGGUCGAUACUCAAACUACCAGUUAUCAUACCUACAAAUAUGUACAAGAUUUUGGAAGAGUAAUAGAAGCUUAUCCUAUGUCUUUUGAAUGGUUUUCGAAGAAAACAGAUGGAAACGAAAAGCCCCCAAACCACAACAACGAUACUACAAAAGACACUUUAUUAGAAAAUAGAAGCAAUGAAAACGUUCCGUUAGGCUCUUCACAUUCAACAACUGUUAAAAAUGUAUGCAACAUUAAAAUACCAGCGAGUGCAAUUCCUUGUUUGCCACUUUGUCCACCACCACCUUGCCCACUACCGCCUCCUUGUCCACCACAAUCUUGCGAUCCGAAUACCUUAAAAAUUAAAUGUUCUUCAGGAGGCAUCAAUUUCAAAUUACAAUGCAAAAAAGUUCCAAUAGACUGCCAAAACACAGAUAUCAGAUAUGAAUGCGAGCUAAUAGACGAAGGAAAGUGUUUAGAUAGCAAAAUUUUGGAAUCUUGCGAUUUAAAAUGUGAACAAAUAAUAGCUGCACAUAAUAGUCAGUUGUUUGUCGAGACCUUAGAAGACGUCAAUGAUCCUAUAAAAGCAGAAGAAGUAGAUAAUCAAAAGGAUGAUAAAAAACCGCAACAAAAAGUAACUACUAUGAUAUGUUCGAAAGAUGGUGUCGAUUUUAAUAUGAAAUGUAAAAUGACGACACCAGAUCCAGAUUUUCCGGCUGAUAUACGAUUUAUAUGUGAGGUUGACACUGAAGGCGGCAAACAGACAGUGACCCCGAACGAAAUCUUGAGUACCUCUAUUAGAUGCAGACAAGUAUUUAAUGUAAUAGACGAUUCAGCGACGGGCGAUGAGAAUGCUAAUGUAAAUCUUAGAAACGAAAACGAGACGAACACAAAUGAAAAUUCUAGUCAAUGUUUGGAAGACAAGAGAAGUGAACACAAAACUAAAGACACUAAAGAGAAUGAAACAUACACAUCUCGUUCCAAACCUAAGAUAGACAGAGAAGAACAUGAGUGUGAUAAGAGUGAUUUAUAUGACUCGGCAAAUUUUGUUAGGCCAAACAAAAAUACCGAACCUGAGCGUUCUACGGUUUUAGAAAACCAUGGCAAGACUGUGAAUAUACUCAGAGCAGCAACUACUGACAUAUUAUGUACAAUAAGUAAUGCAACAAGCGAACUUUGCGAAAAUAGUGCGACUAAAAUUCUAAUAAAGGAUUGUACAAAAGAGGAUAAAUUAGAAUGUGUUGAUGCAGUAAAAAAAUCAUGUGAAAAACUAAUUGAAACCGUUUGUCAAGGUACACAAGAACUAAAAAAAUUAAGCAUAGAAACACUGGAUAAUUUGGCUAACCAAAGUAAAAAGUACAUUUGUUUUGAAAAAGAAUGUGGAAGUGAUGAAUUUUCAGAUCCAAAGUUACAUAAAAUAAGAAGGCAGUCAUCUAACCACUACAUGAUAUUAAUAAAUAAAUCCGCCAAGAAUAUUAACAACGACAUGACAAUCAAAAAUAUAAGAAAUGAAACAUCACAGCAGAGAGAUGAACUUCAAAAAAAUAAAACAUCAUCGGUGAAGUUAACUAACGAAAUCAAAAAAUGGCCACAGGAUGAAAUUGAAAAAACUAUUGUCACUGUAAAGAAAUCUUGUGAGGGUCUGUAUGAUAAAAUGUGUAAGACUACACAACAAUUGGGUGCCAAUACAUCAAAGGCGUUUAAUGAAGUUUCUAGCAAGAGCAUGAAAUGGUUUGAUAGCCCUGGUAGUAAUGAACCGAGCACAGGUACGAAAAAUGUUAAAAAAGUGUUGAGCGGAUUGUCGAUUUUCCAUAGUGAAGAAGAAACAGAAACAACACAAUUAGAAGACAAUCUACCUUCUCGAGCGAAAUGGACAGAUUCCAUACACUUUGCUUUAACUUCACUGGGUGAUACGCUUAAAGAAAUAAAGCCAGAUUGUUCAGAAAAAAGUUCUCCAUAUGACAAACCUUCGCCGCCUCGACAAAUGAAAUAUGAUAUUGAGACUGAAGAAUCUACUCCUAUAAGCAAUAUGUUUGCUGCGUUGAAAGAGAAAAUAUGCAGUAUGUUUUAUGACCAAAAUGAAUCUGAAAGCACUGGCACGAGCUCCAGUUACUCUGAUGAUUCGGAUUUAAGUGAUGAGCAACCGAACGAUUAGGUCUUCUUUGCUAAAAUAAAUAGGUGUAUA